AUGUGUAUUGACUAUCGGCAGUUGAACAAAGUCACAAUCAAGAAUAAGUACCCUAUCCCCAGGAUUGAUGACUUGUUUGACCAAUUUCAGAGUGCUAGUCAUUUCUCAAAGAUAGACCUCAGAUCCGGUUAUCAUCAGCUUAGAGUCAGAGAUAGUGACAUCCCAAAAGCAGCCUUCAGAACUUGGUAUGGUCAUUAUGAAUUUGUAGUUAUGUCAUUUGGACUAACCAAUGCUCCUGCAACUUUCAUGGACUUGAUGAACAAAGUGUUCAAGCAAUAUUUGGACUUGUUUGUUAUCGCCUUUAUUGAUGAUAUUCUCAUUUACUCUAGGAAUGAGGAAGAACAUGCGAAUCAUUUGAGAGUUGUCCUGCAAACUCUUAAAGAUCGCUAG